UAGCAUUUACGGAGAUGCGUAAAUUUAGAGUAUUGUUCACAUAUGUGCCCUAUGUGGUGAUGCGCACAAGCAACAACGAAACAAAACUGUCGGGGUAUAUCGGGGAGCUGUGGUUAAUUAUCGAGCGAGUCCUACAGUUCAGGACAGUGAUAAAACUCGCCGGAUUCUUGGAAGGCCAAGCGUUACUGAGAUCGGGGGCUGCGGACGUGCUCCUUCAGCCUGCAGUCAUUACCGGGAACAACAUGGGACAAUAUGGCUUCACGCGACCAGUUGCCUCUAGCUGGUACGAGCUGUACGUGAGGGCACCAGAAAGCCAGGCAUCCCCUGAAUCUCAUUUCACAGUGUGGAGUCCAUAUUUAUGGAUGGCCACAUUGGCCACGAUGGUGCUUCUCAUUAUGGCCAUGAGAAUCAUGUAUAAGUAUGGAGCCUUUGAAGAAAACAGUGGGUCAUACUCACAUAUAGACCCUCUCUAUCAUCUCCACAAGGAACAGGAUCGCCUUGGUAAUCCGAACUUAGGCAUUUGCAUCCUAUCAGUGCUCGGCAGUAUUGGUUCAGAAGGGUUCCAGCUGAAGCCCAGCUCAGCCUCUGGUCGUCUGCUGAUGAUGACCACGUUACUGUUCAGCCUACUGCUCUACAAUUCGUACUCUGCGGUUCUGAUGGCCAGUCUGGCGGUCACAAAUCCAACUCUUCCCUUCAGCAACCUGGAGGAUGUAGCCAGGAAGGGCACUCAUGCUCUCUGCGUCAGGAACCUUAGCUACGCUUACAUGCGUCUCAAGGAGAGAGAGUCAAAUGAAGAAGUUGCACCAAGAUGGCGAGACGUGGUCAGCAGGAAACCGUGCAGCAAUAUCGUUGACAAUCGGGACCUGGAGGCGGCGCUGUGCGAAUGGGGAGUCGCGGUGCUGGAGACGCCUCCUAACAUGGGCGUUGUGAUUGAGAACGCGUCGCUAUCCUGCCAGAUGAAACAGAUUCGUGGCCAGUACUUCGCCGUGCCCGUGUCUCUGGAGCUGCGGGCUCGGUUCCCGUACACCAGCCUCAUCAACUCCUAUAUCCACCGGCUGCAAACCAGCGGCAUUCUGCACUACCUGCGCACAAAAUGGACCGCUCCUUCGUCAGUGACUUCAGAAGACGAAUCCGUGCCGAAUACGACAGUCACCCUGCGUCACGUGCAGCUCAUCCUGUCGCUGUAUGUUGCAAGCAUCGCGUACAGUUUCCUGCUCUUGCUGAUCGAAAUUGCCUGGUUCAGAAGGCACAACCCACACACCCAGCGUCUCAUGAAACCUUGAGCUGUUCCCAGUCAUGAAAUUAUAAUGAAGGACGAAAGGCCAUAAGCUUUCUUUUAUUUUACAGACGUUAGGUCAUGUGGAAAAGAGAACUUGUGCGGUACUUAAAAGCCAGAUAAAUAAAUGUGUUUGGUUGUUUGUUUGGUGUCACGGAUGUUCCUUGUUCAAGAGACUGCGAAACGGCCUCUAAGCAUCAUUCAAUAGCAUGUGUAUACAUAUUUUCUCACUGCAUGUAUUAAAGCCAGUUUUAAGAAUGUUUGUAUGAUUUGAGGUCUUCACGGCGGUGACUAUGAAGAAUGCCAUCUUCUGGGAUGUGGCUCCGUGUAGAUCUUGUGUGAACCGACGGUGCACGUUGGUGCACAUAAGGUCUACACAGAGCCACAUCCCAGAAGACGGCAUUCUUCAAGAAUUUUUGUUUGCUAGCGUUCACAGAAGAUCUUACUCUUAAGGUUUUAACCUUGGAGAUAAAGUUGAAAUGAGUCUAUCCAUUGCAUUUUUAUGGGUAUUACACAAGUAAUUAAUAUUUUCCAGAUUAUAUGUCAGUAUCUGUACUGAACAGUCUAUACUCAUUGGUGCGUACUAUUCGUAAACGUCUAAAUUGACUAAAUUGGUAUGCAUUUACCGUAUACACCAUGCAAUUUACGUAUCUCUGUCAUGUAAUCUUUGGCCUGUAGUCCGCAAGCGAACUAUACCGACCGAGUGACCGCCACUUGUCAGUGAAGUUAGUGCCAACUUU